CGCAAAUCUCUCUCAUCUUCCUCGUUUUUCUUGCUCUAAUCUUUUACCAUUCUCGGCCAUUAACAUGACUCUGCAACAGUUCCACAACAGCACUUCCUAUCACCAAGAAAACAAUAAUGGCUUCCACAAUCAAUAUAUCAUCUUUACAGCUUCCACCUUUCCGAAGGAGAUAUUUACAGAUACAGGUUCUCUCUUUGUUUCUCCAACCUCACAAGUUUCACAAAAGAUUUGCUAUUAUGGUGGUAGUCCUGUGAAGGAGGAUCACAGGGAUUCUGGUUCUGAAUUCAUUAAUGGGUUUGGAGAAAGCAAUACUGCAGUCUCCAUGCAGGGGAUGAAGAUGAGAGUUGAGCAUAUGAAUGGAGAGAAUCCUGAUGGGGGUUUGGUACAGUCCAAGGUUUGUGCUAGAGGGCAUUGGAAACCUGCAGAGGACUCUAAGCUCAAGGAACUUGUUGCUCUUUAUGGACCUCAAAACUGGAACCUUAUAGCAGAGAAAUUGCAAGGAAGAACAGGUAAGAGCUGUAGAUUGAGGUGGUUUAAUCAACUUGAUCCAAGAAUCAACAAGAAGGCGUUCAGUGAAGAGGAAGAAGAGAGGUUGUUAGCAGCUCAUAGAGCAUAUGGGAACAAAUGGGCCAUGAUUGCUAGGCUUUUCCCAGGGAGAACUGAUAAUGCUGUGAAGAAUCACUGGCAUGUGAUAAUGGCUCGGAAAUACAGGGAGCAGUUCAGCUACUAUAGAAGAAGAAAAGUGAGUCAGCUUGAUCUUAGAAAGAUGGAGGAUAGCAAUGGGAGGUCUGUAUGCAGAGAUGCAGCAGUCAGUAAUUCAGGACUCAUCUGUCACAAUUUCCAAAAUGCCUGCAACCUCAAAACCCUAUCUCAAAAUCCAUUUGGAGCCCCCUGUGGUUCAUGCAAAAAAAUGAUCUCAGGAGAAGAAGCAGUGAGCAGAAGCAAUCACCUGUUUCACGGGUCCAAAAGCACCAACUUUUUCCCUCCUGGCCAGGAAAAUUUCAAAAACAAGGCACCUUUGGAUUUGUUUUCUGGUUACAUGAGCCAGGAAAGUUUCAGGCAGAAAAGCAAGCACUUGGAUAUUCUAAAGGAUGGCACAACCCUCUCCGUUUCUACAUUUUCACAAUAUCCCUCAUUGGCAAUACAACAGACAGUUAGCCAUCAACUAUAUCGUUUCUCAGACUCCACAGGAUCUGCAUCUCAUGUCUCAGCCACUGAACCAUCAUCCUCACAAUCAAUUGCAAAAAACACAAGAGGUUCAAGAGACUUUGAGAAUGCGGUAGCACCACCAUUUAUAGAUUUUCUUGGAGUAGGAGCCUCAUGAGGAAACAUGGCGCCCUAAAAUAGGGAAAAAAUAAUUCUGAAAGGAGAAGCAAGAAAUGUUUGGGUGCAAGGAAUAUAGCUGGUUCACACAUCAGUGCAAGCAGAUAGAAAUUGCUGCUUUCUUUAGAUGGGUCAGAGUUCAGCUCACCGUCUUUCUCAU